AUGAGCCACUUUCAUUUGUUAUUUUCAGAUGAUUCAGCGCACAACUCAGAUGAUGAAUAUGAUACUGGUUUUAAGGAUGAUAAUUUGGAAGCAAUAUUUAAAGAUCGUCUACGUCGCGUACGUGGUUUUCAUAUCAAGGAGGUGCGUGGCGAUGGAGCAUGUCUAUUUCGCGCUGUCGCUGAUCAAGUUUACGGUGACGAAGAAAUGCAUAGCGACGUACGUCGACUCUGCCUUGAUUACAUGGAGAAAAAUCGUGACCAUUUUUCGCAGUUCGUAACUGAAGACUUUGGCGAAUACUUAGCACGUAAACGACGUGAAGAUGAACAUGGAAAUCACAUAGAACUGCAAGCAAUUUCGGAGAUUUUUUCGAGGCCAAUUGAAAUUUACGAAUAUUGCACUGAUCCCAAAAAUAUAUUCUCGCCUCGUUGUGAUACAUCCAACAAUGCACAACCGAACCCACCAAUUAGACUGUCAUAUCAUGGCGCCGUUCAUUACAAUUCUGUAAUUGAUCCGCUUUCGGCAACGAUCGGCGUUGGACUUGGAUUGCCGGGAUAUUCACCGGGAUCAGCAGAUCGUAGUUUGAUGCGAGAUGCGUUGAUCCGUUCAGAGGUUCAGGAAAUCGAAGAAGCAAUGUUGAAAGAUAAAAUGAAUAUGACCGAUUAUGAACGCACUGAACAAGAAAUCAGUGAACAGGUGGCUCGUGAAUCUUACAUGGAAUAUGUAAGAACAAUGGAAUCGAAACGUCAGUGCAGUAAGGGUGGAAUCGGAGUGGGCUCAAAGCGACCACAGACUGCAGCAUCAUUUGAUACGAACCAACCGUGUUGCUCGAGAUCACCUGCACCAAAGAUCAAAUCUCGCGAAAGUAGUCAGGAGACGAAAUGUUGGUUGCUUAUUCGAGUUUGUCAUUUUUAUUGCUUAUUAUCAUCCGCAUCAUAUGUUCAUCUUUCAGCAGCCAUCGAAGCUGACUCUAAUAAGAUUCAUGCAGCAAAAUCGAAUAAUUUGUCAUUCUAUGAAGAGUUACUUGCAUGCGGUAGAGAACUGAUAAGUUUAGGUGAUUGGUCGGCUGGAAGUGAAACGGAUGCGGAAGAUGCAUUAUUGGCGCAAGUGAUGAAACUAUCUAAGCAAGAAUUUAUUGAAUCAUUGAAAGAAAAGCAUAAUUCAACACAUAGGAAUGAUAUCGAUAAUAAUGACGGUCACCGCGAUGGUAGUGGUGAUAAGACCGACAAUAAUGACGAGGACUGUUGUGCUAGCUGCAGCAAAUCUUAA